GAGUAACUGGAAACCGUCCCCGGGGCUGCGGGCUUUGAGCGGCGGAGGCCCCGGGUUCAGCGCGGUCCCUCCCCGGGGGCGGUGCCGAUCUCCGGGCCUGCCCUCCCACCCUCUCUCGGUGCCGGAGCCCGGGCCUGUCCUCUCUGGGAGCCGGGGAUGUGGGCCCUCGGCCGCUCGGUGCCGCCCUCGGCCUGGUUCAGGCCUCUCGGAGCGGCGAGUCGCCGGGCCGCUGUUGGAGCGCGGUCGCCGGGCAGCGAGGAGGCGGAGAGGUCGGUGUCUGGACGGAGGCGGAGUAAGGUGCCCCAGAGUCCAACCUGGAAGCCCGUUGAAUACAGCCAGUCUCCAGAGGUAUCUAUGGAGAUGAUUGACCAUCUAGAACGCCUGGCACUUGUAGAUUUUCAGAACCAGGAGGGUGUGCAAAGGCUGGCAAGUGCCAUACAGUUUGCCAACCAGCUGCAUGGUGUUGACACAGAUGGUGUGGAGCCUAUGGAUUCAGUGCUGGAGGAUCGGCCUUUGUAUUUGCGUGCAGAUGAGGUUAUGGAUGGUUACUGUACCGAGGCGAUCUUGAGCAAUGCAAGGCACAUUGAAGAGGAAUACUUUGUGGCACCUCCAGGAAAUAUUCCACUUCCACGGAAAGAGGAGAGAGAUGCUCUUCAACCUUCCAAAUGGUAAACAUGGACCGACUGCUUUUGAACAGAUAUUGAGAUCACAGAAUACACUGCGUCAGGGAGACCAUAUCUGAUCCACUGAGGAACCAAGUCAACAACAUUUUCAAUUGAACUUUAUAUUGAAGGGCAAUGCCAUCAUAUAUUAAUCUAUUCAUGCAUGUUUCUGGUGUCAACAUUUUAUUUUGUUAAAUGCCACAUAGGGUCAACUAAGACAAAAACAGAAAAGCAUUGGCACCUUGAAAGCAUUCUUGCCUGAGGCAGAAAGCUGUGGGUAGGAAUCCAGAGCUGCAUCUAGAACAGGGGUCUCCAAACUAUGAUCACAUCCGGCCCGCAGAAAGCUCUUAACACAUUCCGUGCGGCGGGCUAUUUAGCACAUUCUGUGGUAGCGCAGCUUUAGAGAUACAGUGCGGAAACAGGCCGUUUGGCCCAUUGAAGCGAUGCCCGUACCCACUAGCACUAUCCCACACACACUCGGGACAAAUUCAAUUAACCUGAAAACGUGGAGUGUGGGAGGAAACUAGAGCACCCGGAGAAAACCCGCGCAGGUACAAACUCCGUACAGACAGCACCCAUAGUCAGGAUGGAACCCGGGUCUCUAGCGCUGUGAAGCAGCAACUCCUCUACCUUUGCACCACCGGGCCACUGCUCCUGUGUUGCAAAGGCAAGUUGUGCGGGGUGGUAGUGUGGGAUGGGGAGUGGAGCGAGGGGGCGGAGGGUGAACUAGUUGGCGACAGGGUUGGUGUGUAGCAGUCCGCUCUGGGCGCCACACUGCCCUGGACCGUUUGACAGGGUCUCUGUCAACGCGUGCUGGUGCGGCCAGGGUUAUCCCCCCCCCCCCCCCCCCCCCCCCUCGCGCGCCAGCCUUGCGGAGAUCGGUGGAUCGGUAGCCGGCUGUGUGUGUAUGUGCCCGAUGGGUGAGCAAUAUGUGUGCGUGGGUCUUUGUUAAUAUGCCUGAGGGGUGAUCACGGUGCAUGUGUGUGAGAGGGAUAGAGAGUGAGAGAGCCCGUCUGUCUGUGGGUCUAUGUGUCUGUUUCGGUAUGUGGGAGUUCACGUGUGCAUUUCUACGUGUAUGUGUGAUAUUUCUUUCUUUUUUCCUACGGCCUGCAAAAAUGUGCCAAAUAUAUGUGGCCCUCAUACUGAAAAGUUUGGAGGCCCCCGAUCUAGACUAACACUUGCAUGAUACUGAAGGACUAUCACACUGCUAAACUAGCUAGUCUAUUUUUGAGAUCCAAAAAAGUAGUGUUCCAGGGUGAAUUGAAAGAUGCUGUGGCCCAGUUUUGAUGAGUCAUCCCCAGAACUGCAGAUAAACUUCAUUGAAAGUGUUAUGAAGAUGUUCAAGAACACUUGCAAGUCAUAAUUUAAAAUCUCAUCCAAAAGACAACAUUGGUUUUUGCUAGCCCGCUCCUAUCACUGAAAUGCCAGUUUGGAGACUCGCAUCAACUGGCCAGGGGGUGGUGCUACCAUCUUCUAAACAGACAAGCAUCAACACCAUCUCCAAUACCCUCCAUAACGUGAAUUCAGCUCAUUCCGUGUUGAAAUGAACUUUCAACAUAAUUAAAGUUAAUUACUGUUAAGUUA